AAAAAAUUCUGUGAAUAUACUUCCAGCUAUGAAGUAAGCAUCAGUUUGCAUUAUAUGAACUAAGUUUAAAGAACUUUUUAUGCUUAGAAUAAUGUGGGGACGAAGCAAUCUGUGUACAAAAUUAUUAAACAAUUUUCACACAAAAUAUUAUGAUGUGAAAGUGCAAAGGACAAUACAAACUUUAAUAAAUGGAAAUCGAAUAAUAAAACAGCGGUCGUUUAAUACGCAGCGGUUAGAUAUUACCAUCGAGGAAAGUAACCAAAAACUAUGCCAUGACAAAAAACAACUCGAUUGUAGUACAUUUACAUAUAGGACCCAUACAUGCGGAGAUUUAAGGUCAGAACAUGUCGGUCAGAACGUAGUAUUAUGCGGCUGGGUCCAAUAUGCACGGUUAUCAAAAUUUUUACUUAUAAGGGACUCAUAUGGACUAACACAAUGUAUUGUCAACAAUACAUAUAUUAAUAUCAAUGAUUUGCCUUUGGAAACCAUAGUUAAAGUUGUUGGAACAGUGGCGUCACGUCCGAAAGAUAUGUAUAACCAUGAAAUGGCCACAGGUGAAAUAGAAAUUAUCAUUAAUAAAUUGGAGAUACUCAAUGAGGUAAGUAAAUUGCCGUUCAAUUUGAGAAAAUAUCAAAAGCCUAAAGAGCAGCUGCGCCUCCAACAUAGGUAUAUUGAUUUGAGGUUCCCAGAGAUGCAAAACGUUCUGAGACAGCGGUCAAAAAUGGUACAUAAUAUGAGAAAGUUUUUAGUUGAGGAACAUAGCUUUGUUGAAGUUGAAACUCCAACGUUAUUUUGCAGAACACCAGGUGGGGCUAGAGAGUUUGUUGUGCCAACUCAUCACUCUGGAUUAUUUUACUCUUUAGUUCAAAGUCCACAACAAUUUAAGCAAAUGCUUAUGGCUGGUGGUAUAGAUAGAUACUUUCAGAUAGCUAGAUGUUAUAGAGAUGAAGCAACAAGGCCAGAUAGACAACCUGAGUUUACUCAACUUGAUAUUGAAUUAUCCUUUACAAGUUUAAAUGGUAUUAUUAAUCUUAUUGAGUUACUACUAAUAAAAACAUUUGAUGGCAAACUCCCAAAGUUACCUUUUAAGAGAAUUACCUAUAUGGAAGCAUUAGAAAGUUAUGGUACUGAUAAACCAAACUUAAGAUAUGACCUGAAGUUAAAAAAUGUAAGUUCUUUAUUCAGUCAGUCUUCCACAGAUACAAAUUUUGGUGCAUUUGUGUUGCCAUAUACAAGUAAAUUGGUUAAACUUACUGCUAAGUACAAAGAAAAGAUUAAUGAGAUAAGAAAAAAGUAUAAUGUUAGAGUUGUUUUAAAUGAGAAUAUAUCUAAAGAGAUUGGUCAUGAAAUCAACGAGGAGAUUAAAAGUAUUAUUGGUGAAGAAAAUGAUAUAAUUUUAAGUGUAGGUGAUAAAAAAAAUGUAUGUUUAUGUUUGGGUGAAAUAAGAAAUGUUUUGACUGCAGUUUUAGAACUUAAAAGUUUAAUAAAAAUAAAUGAUGAUCUAGAACCAUUUUGGAUUGUAGAUUUUCCACUAUUUGAGAUGGGAGAAGAUGGCUUACAGCCUUGCCAUCAUCCAUUUACAGCACCCCAUCCAGAUGACUUGCAUUUAUUGAAUACAGAUCCUUUAAAAGUCAGAUCACUUGCUUAUGAUAUUGUUCUAAAUGGCCAUGAAAUAGGUGGUGGGUCUGUCCGAAUACAUAAUGCAGAACUUCAAGAAAGAAUUUUGAAGAUGUUGAAUAUUGAUUCAAGUAAAUUGUCUCAUUUUAUGAACGCACUAAAAAGCGGGUGCCCUCCUCAUGCUGGAAUUGCACUAGGUAUUGAUAGAUUGAUGGCAGUUUUAUGUACUGCAGAGUCCAUAAGAGAUGUGAUAGCAUUUCCCAAAAGUCAUGAUGGCAAGGAUCCCUUAUCUGGAGCACCAAAUAAAAUAAGCAGCGAUGACCAAAAGUAUUAUCACAUAAAAAGUACUGAAACAUAGAUAAUCAAAUUUAUUUACAUAUUUCAAUAAAUUAUGUAUUUCAAAUG